CUGGAUUUGGGAAGGAGCUCGCGGCGGCGGCGCUGAGGGAGGAGGCGGCGGCGAGCGGAGCCCAGAGGAGGAGGAGGAGCCGGAGGAGGGGGAACCGCUCAUUCAUUUCCACUCCGCAUUUCUACCCCUCGCCGGCCUCGCCCGCGCCCGGGACUUCGGACCAGUCUCGCCAACUGCGUCGCGCUCUCCCGCCGCGUAGGCUCCGGUGGUCGUUCCCUCUAGGGAUCCGGGGGGCGUUUGUCUUCGCCUGCGGCGAUUUGGGCUUUGCUUCUCUUUCUGUACAGUUUUCCUCCCUCUUCUGCAUCUCUGGGUUUGCAAAUGGAGGCCGACGACGCCGACAGCCCGCCCCGGCGCGCCUCGGCUUCCCGACUCCGCCGCCCCGUGGGCCGCUGCUGCCGGCGCUGAGGGGCCGCCCCGCGCCACCCUCCCUGUCCACGCCGCUUUUCGAGGAUCGUAGCCUGCGCUCUUGUUUUUAGACGAGAGUGAGGACUGAGUUGAAGACUUUUUUUUUCUUUUCUUUUUUUUUUUUUUCCUUUUUUUUUGAGAAAAGGGAAUUUCGUCCCAAAUAAAAGGAAUGAAGUCUGGCUCCGGAGGAGGGUCCCCGACCUCGCUGUGGGGGCUCGUGUUUCUCUCCGCCGCGCUCUCGCUCUGGCCGACGAGUGGAGAAAUCUGUGGGCCCGGCAUUGACAUCCGCAAUGACUAUCAGCAGCUGAAGCGCCUGGAAAACUGCACGGUGAUCGAGGGCUUCCUCCACAUCCUGCUCAUCUCCAAGGCCGAGGACUACCGAAGCUACCGCUUCCCCAAGCUCACGGUCAUCACCGAGUAUUUGCUGCUGUUUCGAGUGGCCGGCCUUGAGAGCCUGGGAGACCUCUUCCCGAACCUCACAGUCAUCCGUGGCUGGAAACUCUUCUACAACUACGCACUGGUCAUCUUUGAGAUGACCAAUCUCAAGGAUAUUGGGCUUUAUAAUCUGAGGAACAUUACUCGGGGGGCCAUCAGGAUUGAGAAAAACGCUGACCUCUGUUACCUCUCCACCAUAGACUGGUCUCUCAUCUUGGAUGCAGUGUCCAAUAACUACAUUGUGGGGAACAAGCCCCCAAAGGAAUGUGGGGACCUGUGUCCAGGGACAUUGGAGGAGAAGCCCAUGUGUGAGAAGACCACCAUCAACAAUGAGUACAACUACCGCUGCUGGACCACAAAUCGCUGCCAGAAAAUGUGCCCAAGUGUGUGCGGGAAGCGAGCCUGCACGGAGAACAACGAGUGCUGCCACCCGGAGUGCCUGGGCAGCUGCCAUACACCUGACGACAACACAACCUGUGUGGCCUGCCGACACUACUACUACAAAGGCGUGUGCGUGCCUGCCUGCCCGCCUGGCACCUACAGGUUCGAGGGCUGGCGCUGUGUGGACCGAGAUUUCUGCGCCAACAUCCCCAACGCCGAAAGCAGUGACUCGGAUGGCUUCGUCAUCCACGACGGCGAGUGCAUGCAGGAGUGUCCCUCAGGCUUCAUCCGCAACAGCACUCAGAGCAUGUACUGUAUUCCCUGCGAAGGCCCCUGCCCCAAAGUUUGCGGUGAUGAAGAAAAGAAAACAAAAACCAUCGAUUCGGUUACUUCUGCUCAAAUGCUCCAAGGAUGCACCAUCUUGAAGGGCAAUCUGCUGAUUAACAUCAGGCGAGGCAAUAACAUUGCCUCGGAAUUGGAGAACUUCAUGGGGCUCAUCGAGGUAGUGACCGGCUACGUUAAGAUCCGCCAUUCCCAUGCCUUGGUCUCCUUGUCUUUCCUGAAGAAUCUUCGUCUCAUCUUAGGAGAGGAACAGCUAGAAGGGAACUACUCCUUCUAUGUCCUGGACAACCAGAACUUGCAGCAGCUGUGGGACUGGAACCACCGGAACCUGACCGUCAGGUCAGGGAAAAUGUAUUUUGCUUUCAACCCCAAGCUGUGUGUCUCUGAAAUUUACCGCAUGGAGGAAGUGACCGGAACAAAGGGACGUCAGAGCAAAGGGGACAUCAACACCAGGAACAACGGAGAGCGAGCUUCCUGUGAAAGUGAUGUUCUCCGUUUCACCUCCACCACCACCUGGAAGAACCGCAUCAUCAUAACAUGGCACCGGUACCGGCCACCAGACUACCGGGAUCUCAUCAGUUUCACAGUUUACUACAAGGAGGCACCCUUUAAAAAUGUCACGGAAUAUGACGGGCAGGAUGCCUGUGGCUCCAACAGCUGGAACAUGGUGGAUGUGGACCUACCUCCGAACAAGGAGGGGGAGCCUGGCAUUUUACUGCAUGGGCUGAAGCCCUGGACCCAGUAUGCUGUCUAUGUCAAGGCUGUGACCCUCACCAUGGUGGAAAACGACCACAUCCGUGGGGCCAAAAGUGAAAUCUUGUACAUUCGCACCAAUGCUUCAGUUCCUUCCAUUCCCCUAGAUGUCCUCUCAGCAUCCAACUCUUCCUCUCAGCUGAUUGUGAAGUGGAAUCCCCCAACGCUGCCCAAUGGUAACUUGAGUUACUACAUUGUGAGGUGGCAGCGGCAGCCGCAGGAUGGCUACCUGUACCGGCACAACUACUGCUCCAAAGACAAGAUACCCAUCAGAAAGUAUGCCGACGGUACCAUCGAUGUGGAGGAGGUGACAGAAAAUCCCAAGACAGAAGUGUGUGGUGGUGAUAAAGGGCCAUGCUGUGCUUGUCCUAAAACUGAAGCUGAGAAGCAGGCUGAGAAGGAGGAGGCUGAGUACCGUAAAGUCUUUGAGAAUUUCCUCCACAAUUCCAUCUUUGUGCCCAGACCCGAAAGGAGGCGGAGAGACGUCAUGCAAGUGGCCAACACCACCAUGUCCAGCCGAAGCAGGAACACCACAGUAGCUGACACCUACAAUAUCACAGAUCCAGAAGAGUUCGAGACAGAAUAUCCUUUCUUUGAGAGCAGAGUGGAUAACAAGGAGAGGACUGUCAUCUCCAACCUCCGGCCAUUCACUCUCUACCGUAUCGAUAUCCACAGCUGCAACCACGAGGCUGAGAAGCUGGGCUGCAGCGCUUCCAACUUUGUCUUUGCUAGAACCAUGCCAGCAGAAGGAGCAGAUGACAUUCCUGGCCCAGUGACCUGGGAGCCAAGACCUGAAAACUCCAUCUUUUUAAAGUGGCCAGAACCAGAGAACCCCAACGGAUUGAUUCUAAUGUAUGAAAUAAAAUACGGGUCCCAAGUCGAGGAUCAGCGGGAAUGUGUAUCCAGACAGGAGUACAGGAAGUAUGGAGGGGCCAAACUUAACCGUCUAAACCCAGGGAACUAUACAGCCCGGAUUCAGGCUACUUCCCUCUCUGGGAAUGGGUCGUGGACAGAUCCUGUGUUCUUCUAUGUCCCAGCCAAAACGACGUAUGAGAAUUUCAUGCAUCUGAUCAUUGCUCUGCCAGUUGCCAUUCUGCUGAUCGUUGGGGGGCUGGUAAUCAUGCUGUAUGUCUUCCAUAGAAAGAGAAAUAACAGCAGGUUGGGCAAUGGAGUGUUGUACGCCUCCGUGAACCCUGAGUAUUUCAGCGCAGCUGAUGUGUACGUGCCUGAUGAAUGGGAGGUAGCUCGAGAGAAGAUCACCAUGAACCGGGAGCUUGGACAAGGGUCCUUUGGGAUGGUCUAUGAAGGAGUGGCCAAGGGUGUGGUCAAGGAUGAACCUGAAACCAGAGUGGCCAUCAAGACAGUGAACGAGGCUGCAAGUAUGCGUGAAAGAAUCGAGUUUCUCAACGAGGCUUCAGUGAUGAAGGAGUUCAACUGUCACCAUGUGGUCCGGUUGCUAGGUGUGGUGUCUCAAGGCCAGCCCACCCUGGUCAUCAUGGAACUAAUGACACGAGGUGAUCUCAAAAGUUAUCUCCGGUCUCUAAGGCCAGAAGUGGAGCAGAAUAAUCUAGUCCUCAUUCCUCCGAGCUUAAGCAAAAUGAUCCAGAUGGCUGGAGAGAUUGCAGACGGUAUGGCCUACCUCAACGCCAACAAGUUCGUCCACAGAGACCUUGCUGCGCGGAACUGCAUGGUAGCUGAAGAUUUCACGGUCAAAAUUGGAGAUUUUGGUAUGACACGAGACAUCUAUGAGACAGACUACUACCGGAAAGGCGGGAAGGGGUUGCUGCCUGUGCGCUGGAUGUCUCCCGAGUCCCUCAAGGAUGGUGUCUUCACUACUCAUUCUGACGUCUGGUCCUUUGGGGUCGUCCUCUGGGAGAUUGCCACACUGGCUGAGCAGCCCUACCAGGGCUUGUCCAACGAGCAAGUUCUUCGUUUCGUCAUGGAGGGCGGCCUUCUAGACAAGCCAGACAACUGCCCCGAUAUGCUGUUUGAACUUAUGCGCAUGUGCUGGCAGUAUAACCCCAAGAUGCGGCCCUCCUUCUUGGAGAUCAUCGGCAGCAUCAAGGAUGAGAUGGAGCCCAGCUUCCAGGAGGUCUCCUUCUACUACAGUGACGAGAACAAGCCUCCCGAGCCGGAGGAGCUGGAGAUGGAGCUGGAGAUGGAGCCCGAGAACAUGGAGAGCGUCCCGCUGGACCCUUCGGCCUCCUCAGCCUCCCUGCCUCUGCCUGAAAGACACUCAGGACACAAGGCUGAAAAUGGCCCAGGCCCCGGCGUGCUGGUUCUCCGUGCCAGUUUUGAUGAGAGACAGCCUUACGCUCACAUGAACGGGGGCCGCGCCAACGAGAGGGCCUUGCCUCUGCCCCAGUCCUCGACCUGCUGAUCCUCGGACACCGAAGCACGUGCAAAGUAACGUGUGUGUGUGUGUGUGUGUGUGUGUGUGUGUGUGUGUGUGUGUCCCACUCGGUGGGUGGGGGGGAGAGCAGGUUGUAACAAUCUAUUCACAAGCCUCCUGUACCUCAGUGGAUCUUCAGAACUGCCAUUGCUGCCCACGGGAGAUGGCUUCUCUGCAGUAAACACAUUUGGGACCUUCCUUUUUUUCAAUAUGCAAGCAGCUUUUUUUAUUUCCCCUACCCGAACCCUUAACUGACAUGGGCCUCUGCAAACCUUAAUGGCAACACUUAAUAGCAACAGGAUACUCGAGAAUUGAGUCUCCUCAUUCUCUGCCUUUUUCUCUCUUCUGCCUUCCCUCUCUCCUCUCCCCUCCCACUUCCACGCUCCCCUUUCUCUUUUUUCUGCUUCACAGUGGAAAAAAAUGUUUGCGAAAGCCCAGCUGGGAAGCCUUUUUUUGUUGUUGUUUUUUUAUCAGAUUGAUGUAAUGGCUGUCCCUGGGGCUCCUUAUCAACCCCUGUAUACACCUGCCUGAUACCAUAGGUCUUUACAAAAAAAGGAAAAAGAAAAAAAAAAUCGCACACUGAGAUGGAAUUUUUUAACUGUACCUUUAACCUUUUUUUUUUUUUUUAGGGUCAUCCAAAAAUUUAAAAGGGCCAUUGUUCAUCCGUGGUUAUCAUUUUCACGCUGCCAAUGUUUGCCAAAAUCCUGUUUUUGGUUUGGUUUUUCUCACGCACGUGUACUCCCUGCACUGAUUUCCCUUUGUCCAGAGGCAUGGGAUGAAGCGUGGCAUCUAGUCGAGAAUACCAUUUGAGAGACACAUUGUUGAGGCCCCCACUGUGCCCGGCAUGCUUUCCUAGCCCACGCCCCCCCGGGUCUCAUUGCGUGAUGACUAGGUUACUGUUUGAGAGAACUGGACAAGAUGGAACUCACCCUCCUUGAAGAAGGGUAAAGUGGAACUGGCUGUCUACCCCACCCCACCCACAGCACCCCAAGAAUCCUGGAGGAAAUGGCCAUGAGCAAGCCUGAAGGUGGUCCUCAUACCAGCCUCGUCCCCUCCCCAGCCUCCCUCCUGGCCCCCCUGAGGGACACAUGCGAAAGGGUUCCAGGUUCCAGGGACUCUGCCCGGCAGUGGGUACAGAUGUGCAAGGAAGGGAUUCAGACCCACAGCAGCGUGGAGCAUCCCAGGCAGUGGAUCCAAGCAGUCUGAGUUGUCACAUGGUCUGUUACUAGGACUUCUUCAUGGGUCUCUCAGUUCUAUGUUAGACCAUGAAACAUUUGCAUACACGUUGUCUUUAAUGUCAGUUUUAUAACUUUUUUACAGUUCAGAUAUUCAUCUAUACGUCUGUACAGGAAAAAAAAUAGCUGCUAUUUUUUUUUUUUUUGUUCUUUAUCUUUGUGGAUUUAAUCUAUGAAACUUUCAGGUCUACCCUUCUUCCUUUCUGCUCACUCCAAGAAACUUCCUAUGCUUAUUUACUAGCGUGUGGUUUUUUUUCUUCCUCUUCUCCGGCAACUGAUGCUUCUAGGACAUAAUUUGCCAUGAACUGUUUGAUGCCUUUUUUAUAAACACAUCUCCCUUCCCCUCCUCCCUGUAGCCCCAUUCAUUAUCCUCUAACCCAUAGGCUCUGUGAGCACAGUCGCUGGUAAGGGAGUGGGGAGGGUGGGAGGCUAGAGUCCACGUACUCCUGGGCCCUGCUCUCUCCUUUCUGUACCUCCCACACACAGCAUUGGAGUCUGUUACAGUGCAAGGCAUGCCACAAACUCAGGUCAGAAACAAAAAGGUUAAAAAUCCCACACAUCCUGGUUUAGUGUUUCUAGUUCCCAUUGUUGAAAGUCACACUUUGCUUUCUCUCCUUGCUUUGGUUCACACACACACACACACACACACACACACACACACACGCACGCACGCACACACACGCACACAUACACACACACACCAAUUUUGGGAUACAGUAGCAGUUUUAACUGCAGACAGUAGUCAUUGAAUUAUUUUUUAAUCACACACACCAAAAAAAAAAAAAAAAAAAAAAAAAAAAAAAAAAAGCUGUUGAGUCCCCAGGGAGCAGCAGAGCUGGCCCAGUGGCCCAUCUGCCACCUUUUGCCAUCUCUUCCAUUAGACUGACCCACCUGUCUUUAGAACCAGCAUGUCUGAAGGGGUGGCCUCCAUGUGAGUGGGGUGUAAGGCACCAAAGCCCCAUGAAGGUCCAAGGCAGAGCAGAGCUGACCCACUGUGGCCCUAGAGCCCCUUGCUGUUCUCUCUUAGCCAGGAUCCCAGAGCUCUGGGCCUGGAGGUCCUGUUUUGUUUCAUUUUUAGCACUUCUUUCCAGAACAGCGACAGGGUGAGAGAUGCUUCUGGGUGGAAAUAUUUAAAUUAGGAGUAAGAAAAAUGUUGGAAGAUGAUGAUUGCAGUUGUGACUGGAGAUUAGACAGAAAAGAAAGCUUGCAGUUCUCUGGCUUGUCUGUAGUUUCAGGCUCACAGCCCCUCCCUAGCCUCUGCCCCACAGUAUUUCCCCUUAACAAAAAUAGAGAAAAGGAGGGGGGGGGAACUUAUCGAGAAGGUAUUUCAUGUAGGAGUUUUAAUUUAUUUUGUGAUACCUGUUUUUAUCACUAUAGAGAAGCCCCCGUUAUGAAUUUAAAUGCUGAGGAAAAGAUGUAUGUAUCUCUGUAUAUGUGUGUAUUAGAUGGAACAGUUUUUGGUUUGCGGGGGGUGUUUUGUUUUUCAAACAUUUAUCUACCUCACUCUUGUUUUUCGUGUGUGUGUGUAUAUAUACAUAUAUAAUACAUCUCACACUUGUCAGAACCUGACAGGAGGCCAAUGGUAUUGGUAACCCACUCCACAGGCCACAUACCCAGGUGAAGCAGAGACUGGGAUAGGCUAGAUCCUGGGGUCAAAGCAACACUAACUCAAUCAACCUCUUCCUGUUCUGUCUCCAAAAGCCCACCUUUCCUAGGACGACUUUGGUCUUUCUCCUUACCUGGUUUCCUACUUUCAACCCAGCAACCAUCAUGAGCACAGAGCACACCAGUGGAGGGGGUUCACCUGCCCAUCCUCAGCUGGCUGACUUUGGAACAGAAGUUUAUACAGAUUGAAUGACUGACAAAUUCUAUCCCUAAGAGAGCAGGUACUCCCAGGUUUUGAGGGCAGGAGGCACCCACACAUAGGUUGUCUGAGAAUCCCAAUGUGUGCACAUGUCAGGGUGCCCUAUCAGCCCCCUCAGCUGCUCCUCUGAGACCUGCACUGCAGCAGGGGCAUGCCACCAUUGCUCUCUUGGCAUUGAUUCCUUUUAGAGGUACAGCCAUCAGGGAGCUUCCCCCUCCCCCCUCUGCUUCUGACAGAAGGCCAGUAUAAUAAAGGGGGCAAGACAAAGCCUGCACCCCCUGCAGGCUGCUGUCCUUCCCUCUUCUUCCCUGUCCCCCCAGGGCUAAACAAGGACUGACCAAAUCUUGAGGCUGGAAGGCCAGUGGUCGGCACCUAGCCUUCCCUGUGCUCUGCCUCUGUCCACCCCAUCCAUCUGCUGCUCAUGGGUGGACAGUGCAAUCCUCAACUCCAGCAGCUGCUCUCACAGGCCCUGGGGACUUCAGCCGGGAAACUUGGCGGCUGAUCUUUACCCCCAGUGUGGAGAACUGCCUGACAGUUCAGUUAAGCUCAGGAGCCCUUUGCCUCCUGCCAGAAUGCUGCCCUUCUCCGGGUUCCUAGAUGCUCACAGGGUCACUGGGAGAGACUGUUUGAUCAGGGUUUUCUUCUACACUGUAGGUGACUCUCUGCUAUAGUGACCUCUCCUCUCUUACACAUACCUACCGGUUUUCUACAACUGGAUUUCUACAGCUCAUUCAAUUAAUUUUAAGGGGUUCUUCUUCUUCUUCUUCCUCUUCUUCUUCCUCUUCCUCCUUCUCCUCCUCCUCUUCCUCUUCUUCUUCUUUUUGAAACUGUCUGAGUUGUUGGUGUUUUGUGUGAGUGUUUUUUUUUUUCUUUAAGUAGAGAGAGGACACUAACGGGGUAAUGUGUCCGUCAUAACAAAUGCUCCAGAAACACUUCAAUAAAAAUAAAAAGUUGGCUUGUAUGAGGGUGCAGUUCUGCUGGAUCCACCCACUCUGACUAUUGCAAGGCAUCAUGUCCACAGUUCUAGCCUGAUCCCAUGCUGAUGUUCCCGCCUCUUCCUGAUUUUUCUCUUUAUAUGCUUCAAGUAAUCUUACCAAGCUGAGUCGUGGCCUUUUUCACGCACCCCCCCCCCUUCUGACAGGAGCUCACACUGCUUGAAGUAACAUGAACCACUGAGGCACAGCAUGCAGGUGAUGUGAACGUUCAGGUGUCCCCCACACAGCCCUUCCUGAAUCGUGGAGAUCCAGUGGAGCCUGAGCUGUGUGCAGUCCACGCUUUCCCCCAUCUCCUUUCAGGAAUGUCCUAACAUUGGAUUCGGAGUUGGGAUGAGGCUUCCUCCUUAAGAUAUAAAAGACUGUUCAAGGCCAUCACUGGUCUCUCCUUCCUGCCUGUUUCUUAUCACUCGGAACAAUUCAAUGGUAGGAAAAAAAGCUUCAUAAAAUAGAAAAGUGAUCAUUAUGAGAUGAGCAGAUGGCAGAAUGGUAUACAGUAGUGUUUUUAGGGUGGGCUGACCAAUGGGUGAGCUAUGUAUGAUGCCAAGUUCUAAGCCAGUCUGAGCUCCCAGAGCCUCGGCCUUAAGAGCCUACCCUUGUUGGCAGUGACUAUACCUGAGACAGGCAAACAGUGGUGGCAAGGUCACACUGAGCUCAUGUGGGUGAGAAGUCUAAGAUGCUUUCCCAAGGUCCUCUGUCAUCAUUGCUGGGUCUUCUGAAAGUGGCCACACAGUGCUGAAGGCAACUCCUUUCCUACACGUUGGCAUCCUGCAGGAGACGGAACCACCUCAUCAAAAUGCUUUGGCCCAUUUUAUCAGUAAUGAAUUUAUGGUUUGGGUUUGUUGUUGUUGUUUUUAAAUGUUAGGUUUAUGUCUGUCUGAUGUCUUUUCAUUUCCUGGGCUAAGCAGCUGCAUUGGGAGACUUGGACCAGAGAGAUCCACUCCUUAAGAACCAGUGAUGAUGGUCAAACUUUAUCACUCCUCUUUGAACUAGGUGGUGGUACAAAUGAGAACUUCAAGACAGGAUGUUGUUUUAAAAUUGAACCCCUCCUACCAGAGAUGCUGAAGAUACAGACCUUGCACAAGCCAGGGGGUCUUUGCUUUGGGCCUCCAGCUUGGAUAACCAAUUGGUGAUGUAGAGAAAUGAACAUUUCUUGAUGGGAUGACAGAGUGAUAAGAGUGAUGGUGCAGUAGGUAACUAUGGUAACCGGCAUCGUGAUGUGAAGGGAAUUGCUGACAGUGGGUAAAGGGCCUAGAAAAAGCAUGGACCAUAUUUGGACUUGAUGGUUUCUGAAGGUGUCAGACCACAUGGAGGCUGUGGAGUCAUCUCCGGGCAUUUGGUUUCAGAUAAGAAACUUGGCAUCCUGCUCUGGAAACCUCUCCUAGAGCUAAGUCACGUGUUGAAGAACUCAGACUCCAUCACGCUCAUCAGAUGAGUUGUCAGUCUGGGGCAUGACGUUUAGGGAUUUAUUUUAUUUUGUUUCUGUGAGAACUUCAUAAUCACUGAUUUGUGUCCACAUUUGUGUCUGUAUCUUUCCAGUAAAACAUUCUUUAAAUUACUCAUUAUCGUUUCCAAUAGGGCUUCUAAGUCCAGUAGAUUACGGGUAGUCGUUGACGAAGAUCUGGUUUACAAGAACUAAUUAAAUGUUUCAUUGCAUUUUUGUAAGAACAUAGAAUAAUUUUAUAAAAUGUUUGUAGUUUAUAAUUGCCGAAAAUAAUUUAAAAACACUUUUUCUUCCUCUCUCUGUGUGCAAAAGUAUGUGUUUGUAGUCUUUUUUUUUCCCUCUGUUUUCUUCUUCUUUAUUUUUUGACACUUGUUUACUAGCUAGCUUUACAAUAUGCCAAAAAUAAAAAAUAAAAAUUAAAAAAAAAGGUAAUUAAUUAAUUAAAAAAAUUCUCCCUGGGACCCAAAUUGUGGUUCACUCUCUUUCCCACAUGCUUUCUGCUCUAGUUUGUAAAAAAAAAAUAAAUAAAUAUAAAAAAAAUAAAUUAAAAAACAAACAAACAAACAAAUGAAAGGAAUGCCAGUGGUUUAGAAAGUACUUCUGUAUUCUUCAGUACCUUGAUCUUGGAACCCUUUGCUGGGGAAAGGAAUUCUCUGUUACUUACUGUUCCCUGUGGAGUAGCAGCCUAAACAGAUGGAAAGAACCCAGAAUCUUGCUGGCCAUGGAAGUAGCAGUGUGUUGCCACCCAGCAAAGAGAUGACACUCACUGGUGACAUCUGGCUGGUGUUUGUCCUAGUUCCACAAUGCCAUGGAGAUGGGAGGGUUUCAGGUCACUGGAAUGGCUUCAUGGUGAUCACGUGAUUCUGUUUAUACAGGCCAUUGGCACACGUGCCUCAGAUCCUAAGGAAAGCUGUGCCUACCUGUAUUUAAUGCCGAACGCUGAAGGUCCAUUUUUUCCAAUACAGAACAAACUGGAAACAAAAACCACAACGUGUGUCCCCCUCACUCCCCCCUCCCUUUUUUAGAAUUAAAACCCAUGUCCUUGGGCUCCCCAUGCAUUAUUGGCAGUGUCUCUAUGUUUCCACUAGAUACCAUUGUUGAAAACAUCAGGAAUUUUCUAACACUGCAGGAAAAAAGUCUAGGAACCGUUUGUGGGUUUGUUUUGGUUUUUCAGUUUCUCGUGGGUAUUGGGCAGUGUGCAGACACAUACGCAGGUGGAACAGGUGCCUGCCUGGUGACAUCCCGUCUGCUUCCUAAGCCAGUGAGGCUGAGGUGAGAGCUUUCUCAGAGCUUGUCUACCUCUGGGAUUAAAAAGAAAAAAGUCAUAUCAGAAGGUGUGAUGGAAUGGAUGCAUCGCCAAUAAUGCAUUUCUAAGUUUUCUUGUUAAAUUUUUUCUUAAAAAAGAAAAAAAGUCUAAAAAAGAUAAUAAUAUGGCCAAUUUGUUACAUAAAAUAACUUUCUGUGUAUAAAUUAUUCCUAAAAAAAAAAAAAAACCCUCUGUUUAUAUAUAAAAGAAAAUCAGUAGAUAAAAAAAAAUUCAAUGUUUUUGUAUAUUCUGUUGUAAGAAUUUAUUCCUGUUACUGCGACAUACUCGGGAGUCUUUACAUUAUGGAAAAAGAAACUUUGUCUAUUUUGAAUGGCUGAAGCUAAGGCCACUUGAGUCUAUUACUCUGCUUUUUUCUAGUAGUUAAAGUACCACAUGGAUUAAGUUAAAUAAAAGAAUUCUGUAUGCAC